CUUCGUUCACGAUAACCGCAAGGCAGCUACACGUAGCUUCAUUUAUAAGCAUUUGUUUGCCUUGGAAAAAAAAUUCACGCACGCGAACCAAUCGCACGGGAACAAUAGUCCAAAACGAAAAAUCCGAUCUAAUCGUAAGGCAGGCAGCACCACCCACUUCGCACACUUUUAUUAUACGCGUAUGUGCGUGUAUGUCGCAACGUUCUCGCGUGUGUAGCGCGAAAGAAGACAGAAAGAGAGAGAGAGAGAGAGAGAGAGAGAGAGAGAGAGAGAGAGAGAGAGAGAGAAAAGGAGAGCGACUACGUGUCACGGGGCGCCGCGCCGCAGUCGCUACUCCUCUUCUGUCUUCGUUGUCAGUACGGAGUCGGCGACCGACGUGCUCUACCCACGCCUCUCCUCUCACUCUCUUUCUGUCUCUCUCUCUCUCUCUCUCUCUGUCUCUUUCUCUUUCUCUCUACUGUUAGUUAGCUUCGCUUUUUUCUCGCUUGUUUGGGGCGAGCCAAGUUCAAGUGUACUCUGCCACGACAGCUGCUGAUAUAAUUGGUCUUGCGCUUUCGGCGUAAGCAGAGUGUGCACUAUCGCAACAGCAGCAACGUGAGUGACAUUUGUGUAAUAAUAAAGAAAAACAGAACAAGUGCGUUCUUCGUACAGUGAUAAAGUGGUGCAUAUGUAGUGCGUGAGAAUCGUUACGCAAAAUAAAAACAACAAUAACGGUAAAAAGGGAGAGGUUCUAUGCGGCAACAUGAUGGAGACGCAGAACUACUGGGAGGACAACUCCGCUCACUCGAUGCAGGUGAAAUACGAAAGUUUGGAUGGUAGAUCAUGUAAAGACGAGAUAUACAGGAUGAGCCUUGGUGCCGGAUACUGUGAGGGCAAUCUCAAUUUCGCAACAGCCUCCGAGGAUGACGAAGUUUAUAUUAAGAAGAAAGUUUCCAGGCAAGAUCCAAUGUCUCAUAGAAUCAUCGAGAAACGCAGGCGAGAUCGCAUGAAUAAUUGCCUGGCCGAUCUUAGCAGACUCAUUCCCGCUGAAUAUCUGAAGAAAGGAAGGGGUCGCGUUGAGAAAACAGAAAUUAUCGAGAUGGCCAUUCGUCACAUGAAGUACUUGCAAGGUGUCAGGCAAGACACAAAACAUCACACACCAGUAUCGUCAGUGCACAAUGUACAUGGCGAGGACAGUGUCGACAGCGUGACGCACCCAUCAGUCUCGGCAGCAAGCGCAGCCGAACACUACAGGCUUGGCUACCAGGAGUGUCUCAGCGAAACAAUGCACUUCCUCGUCGAAGCCGAAGGUUUCUACGCCAGAGAUGCUCUAUGCGUUCAGUUAAUUAGCCAUCUUCAGCAGCAUUGCGAGAAAAUUCUCGCUACUAGCGACAGAUUGGGGUUUCCACAUCCAGUGGAUCUGCCAACAAGCAACGGCACAGCGUGCAACGGCGUCUCACCAUUCGCUCAUGUAAACGGUGGUUUACCAACCUCUACGUGCCCAACAAACAAUUCCAUUAGCAAUGGACUUGGUCUUCUCAACAAUAAUAACAACAAUAAUUCCUCGACUCUUAACGAUAAUUCAUCGUCUCAUCCACUAUUGCACAACGGCAACAGUAGUUCCGAUCGGUGUUCAAGUUCCGGCGUCUCGUCGUUCGACUCGACCGAAUCGACUCGACCGCAGCGUCCAUUGCUUAUACCACCACCAAGCCUCGUCAGUGAUGACAGUAAUCAUAGUACUCAUUCUCAAGUGUCCUGUCAUCAACCCAUGCAAUUGGACACGAAACCACCGACAAAUUAUAAAUUUAAAAAUUCCAUCAAACAGAGAUUUUCAGCAGAUCAAAGGAUAAAGACAUCGGCAUCGCCACCACCUUCAGCAAGUAGUUCCGAAGCAUCACCGAAACAUCAAGCAACAGUUACACAUCAAGGUGUUCCUAUUUUCGCGUUGCACGAUAAUGGUGGCUUCUACAUACCUCUGACAGUCGAAGCAUCGAUGCUGAGGCCGCAUAUGGGUUACACAGCGGAUCUUGGACCUGAAACUGUUUUACAUCCCGUUACGAUAUCUGUGAAUUUCAAUCAUUCGAUGCCACCCGCGUGGUCCCAUCAAAGUCCAACUCAUCAGAUUUAGUGAGAAGCGGAAUGUUGGUUUUUGUUGAUAAUCUGAUGUAUAGACUGUCUUGGCAAUGGUCGCUCAUUCUCGAAAAGUGUGUUUUUAGGAGGUCUUUUUAUUUGUUAGCCUGGUAUUCGUCAAUAGUAUUUUUGUAACCUCUAGCAUUUUUUUGUACAGGACGGAUCGCAUUAUAUUUUUUGUGUAUACUACGCGGAGAAUGAAAUUUUUUAAUCGCACACUGUGAAAGAAUAAAAAAGAUCUAAUCAAAAGUUACAAAGAAAAAUUAUAAAAAAGUGACGAAGUCUGCCGCAGCAUUUACCUAUUAUCGACUAUCGUGGAUUUAUGGUUUCUUUAUAUUCCAGAAUAUUGCGCAAAAUUUUUAUUCUUCUAUUGAAGUCGUUUCCGGAAUUUCGAGGUGAACAACUUGCGCAUUUUUUAAAAUGAAAUAAAAACUACUACACGGUUGGAAACAAACUAAAAAUAAAAAAGAAACGGUGAUUAUUAACGUGUUAUUUUCUCCAUUCAACGCUUUAUUUUUUGUCAUGUACUAUGUAGUAGCAGUUAUAAGAUGAGUAUUGUUGACUUUCUCGAAUUCAACUGGAUGAUAAUCAGUUUUUGUCCAAAAUUGUUAUGUCUAAUAGCUUUAUGAAUGUUAAAGACUUUUUUGAAUUUACGAAUGUAAGAGAUAUAUACGUAUACUAUUAACUUGUAAAUUUCGUUGAAUUGAUUGUGAAAAAAUAUUGAAAUGCUCCGUUUUUGAAAAAUUCUUUGAUCGUUUCCGACAUAGUUUAUGUAAAAACAAUAACGAUGCAUUUCAAAGCUCUUGUUAAACAUGCUUUCAAUUGCGUAUUAUUUUCCAACUGUGUAAAUUUGUGAUAUUAUAUUCGUCAUAUUAAUGAUGUAACAAAACAACACAAACUAAAAAUGGAAUCGUUAUUUGCGAGACAGCAAUCAAUUGUUUAUCUUAAAGAAAUAAAAAAAUAUAUGCUAACAAGUCAAGUUACGGUUUCACACGUUUAGGUUGUAAGUGAGAAAGAAAUAUAUCAGCCGGAAUUUCGGAUGCGCAAUAAUUAAGUUAUACAUUACGUAAAAAAUUAUAACAACAAAAUAUCAACAAAAAGAAAAGAGAUGCGUUAACCGUUAAGAUUGUAUAAUUGUUAAGUAUGUAAAAUAUAAUGAAGAAGAAAAAUAAAGCUGCAAAGCUGUCUACUCGUGUGGCACGAGUCGAAGGCUGACAGGCAGCGGGCCUCAGCAACACAAGACUGACCGAGACCUGCAUUACACUGAAGAGAAAACAUUAAACAUUUUCCUUCUAUAAGAUCACCCAUACACUGCAUUAACUAUAAUUUGUACAUACAUACCAUGCUUAGAUGUAUAAUACGAUGUUGAGAUAUGACUGUGAGAGGAAUAAAUUAUAUAUAUUUACCGUAUUGAGGAUCAAUGUUUUUUUUCAUUUCUACAUUCCUUUACAGUCAACAGUGCAAUUAAUUAUCUACUUUUAUGAAUUUUUUCUACUAGAUAUCUCUACGUAAUGAAUAUUUAAGUUGAAGUUUUAAUUGCACGAUCUAUAAGUAGUAUU